AUGUUGUGGGGUCAUCUCUCCGUCGUGCGGCGCGUUGUCGGGGCUUUGGCUUUGGUGGGCGUGGUUGCGGGGCAAGACCUGUCCGUUCCUUCGAAUUGGAGUGGCAGCACGACCAGCACCGACUCGCGUCCGGUGCGCGAGGCCUUCGCCAACGAUGCAGCAAAGGCAUUAGUUCAGAAUAUCGCAUCCACUGGUAGUCUGUCGAAUACUACGGAGAGCCAGGCGUUGGCAAGCAUGUAUACUGUGCUCGCCCAACAAGAUUUGCUCAGCGCGAAUACGACCUGGAAGGACACCGUGACUGCAAACAUUAAGACAUGGACCGGGCAGAUCGACAUCUUUGGGAACGGCACGGCAGGAUCAAAACGAACCAACAGCAACGGAAUACAAUGGGCGCUCGCGUACUUUUACACUUACAAAGCAUAUGGCGAUUCUUCCUUCUUGACGCUCGCGAAGAACGCAUUCGAUACUACAUAUGGCAGCUAUAUCACUCCUCCCGUUGCCAAGGCCAAGGAGGGAGGACCAGGACGUAAUAUCUCUUUCAAUGCCUCGGGGUGCUUUGACUCGGCUGCAGGCGGUAUAUUCUGGCUCCCAGAUGUGCCUGAUAACUCUCAGAUUCAGGCGGAUACUGUUGGACCAUUUUCGGUUCUUGCGGGUCUUCUGUACGAAGAAACGAAGAAUGAGACGUACAAGACGCUGGGUCAACAGUCCGCUCAAUUCAUGGGCGGGUUAUUGCUCGAUGAGCAUGAUGUAGAGCUGGGCGUGGUUGAUGUUGGGUUCUGUCUCUUCAACACUGGCCGAAGCCCGGGACUGCAAGGGUGGUAUGUCUACGCACUCAGCAUCUGGGCGAACAUCACUAGUGAUUCGGAUCUUACGGGAAAACUACGCACGGCAGUGUCAAUUGCGGCUCACUCUACUGACUGGACCGAGACGGAUGGCAUAUUGCUAGAUACACAGACGUUCAUCAGCGAUGCCGAAUUCGAUGAUAAAGCCAUUCUAGUCCGUGCUUUGAGCGAGACCAUCCGCCGUUUCCCCACUUCUGGAGACCUGGUCCAAUUCAUCAAGGCGUUCCUAAACGUUCAGUACAAUGCUGCGACCAAUAAUGCGCGUAGCGGUAGUUCAUACGCGCAAGCCCUCUUUGGACCCCCGCCCGCCACAUUCUCAAAUAACGGCAAUCUUGUAGCGUUGGACGUUCUCAAUGCUGCCUUCGACAUGAUACCGAAGAAUGCUUCGUCUUCGUCAUCCUCCGGUUCGUCGCCGUCAGGUACUAGUGCACCAUCGCAAACGUCCUCUACUUCGUCCUCCACUCCCGUUGGCGCCAUCGCUGGCGGUGUUGUAGGCGGCGUCGCAGGUCUUGCUGCUUUGGUCGGUGUGGUCUUCCUCUGGCGGCGCCGGAACCAACGCCAGCGCGACAACUCCAUGCGGGAGCCCUUUGACGGCGAUAAGUCGGGCAACGCCAGUUACGAACACUCGCCGAACGCGCCACCUGUUGUCUAUGCUGUGGAGCCAUUUCUAGCAAACUCUUCGGGCAACCACUCAUUUUCGGCGCCGAUGUCUUCACCCCAGUUCAAUGACUCGCAUACGACAGGACUCAGCGGUAUACAGUCCACAAGUACAGCACCCUCCAGCAAUGGCACCCAACUUAGAGCUGUGAACGACGGCAACCAAGCACCGGCUGGCUACUCCUCGAAGUUGGCGCGCAUGAAUGCUCCGCCACCACCGCUACCCCGCGGUGCCUCGUCCCCUUCAGUGACACAAGUCUCUCCACCCGCAUCGGAUUCCGCCCAGGGUGCAGAUGCUGGUUCCUCGAGCGCACAGUCGCAAGACAUACCGGCACUAGUGGGACGACUGGUCAACGACCUCCUGCGCGAGCAUGGUUCAGUGCCACCACAGUAUGAAGAGAGGUAA